AUGAAGGGCAAGAAGCCGUCCUUCAUGGUGAUCCGCUUCCCUGGCCGCCGUGGCUACGGCCGCCUGCGGCCACGCGCCCGGUCAGUCAGCAAGGCGUCCACCGCCAUCAACUGGCUCACCAAGAAGUUCCUCCUCAAAAAGGCCGAGGAGUCGGGCAGCGAGCGGGCCACGGCGGAUGCCUGGCUGCAGCGCUCGGGCUCCCGCGUGGGCUCCCGCAAGCUGCCCUUCCCGUCGGGUGCCGAGAUCCUGCGGCCCGGGGGCCGGCUCCGGAGGUUCCCCCGCAGCCGCAGCAUCUACGCGUCGGGCGAGCCCCUGGGCUUCCUGCCCUUCGAGGACGAGGCCCCGUUCCAUCACUCGGGCUCCCGCAAGUCGCUGUAUGGGCUCGAGGGCUUCCAGGAUCUGGGCGAGUAUUAUGACUACCACCGCGACGGCGACGACUACUACGACCGGCAGUCGCUGCACCGCUACGAGGAGCAGGAGCCCUACGUGGCGGGCCUCGGCCCCUACAGCCCGGCAUGGCCACCCUACGGUGACCACUACUAUGGGUACCCCCCCGAGGACCCCUACGACUACUGCCACCCGGACUAUUACGCUGGCCCCUUUGAUCCGGGGUACACCUAUGGUUACGGCUACGGCUACGGCUACGACGAUUAUGAACCCCCGUAUGCGCCCCCGUCGGGGUACUCGUCCCCUUACAGCUACCACGGUGAGUACGAGGGCGAGGCGCACCCACACGGCUACUACCUGGAUCCCUACGCGCCCUACGACGCGCCAUACCCGCCCUAUGACCUCCCGUACCACACUCGCUACGACGUACCCUACUUUGAUCCCUACGGGGUCCCCUACACCGUCCCCUAUGCCGAAGGUGUCUACGGCGGUGGGGACGAGGCCAUCUACCCCCCUGAGGUGCCUUAUUUUUACCCGGAGGAGUCGGCCUCGGCCCUUGUGUACCCCUGGGUACCACCGCCCAUCCCGUCGCCCCACAAUCCGUAUGCCCACCCCAUGGAUGACAUCGCCGAGCUGGAGGAGCCUGAGGACGCGGGUGGGGAGCGUCAGGGCACCUCCUUCCGCCUGCCCAGCGCCGCCUUCUUCGAGCAGCAAGGCAUGGACAAGCCCGCCAGGUCCAAGCUGUCCCUCAUCCGCAAGUUCCGCCUCUUCCCGCGGCCCCAGGUGAAGCUGUUUGGGAAGGAGAAGCUGGAGGUGCCCCUGCCACCCUCUCUGGACAUUCCGCUGCCCUUGGGAGAUGCGGACGAAGAGGAGGAUGAGGAAGAGCUGCCC